UUUACACAAGUUUUAAAUAAAGUAAAAUCUGUUUUAACUUCUGAUAUUAAGAACCAACUUGAAACAACAAAAAAUUCUAUUGAUUCUUUAAAACAUCGACUUGAUAUUUACGAACAAAAUCAGAAUAAAUUUAUUACCUCAAUGCAAUGUAUUAGUAAUGAACAUGGAAUUAAAAUACAACGUAUUGAAGAAACAUUAACAUCUACAACAACUAUAUUAGAAAAUCUGUCAACACCAUCUUCAGUACUUCAAACUACUAUGGAUAGUAUAUUACCCUAUAUUCAAAAUUGGGAUAAUAAUAUUAAUAAUAUUUUAAAUACCACAAAUAAUUCUUCAUGUGCUAUUGCCACAGCAAAUCCUAUACUUACUGCAAAGAUUCAUGAUAAAAUGCGCUAUUUUAAUAGAUUUGAUGAUUUCGAACCUCAAAUAUCUAAUAACCAUUAUAAAUCAUCUAAUCGUUUGGCUGCUUUAAAUAAAAUUCCUGAAGAACAAUUAAGUCAUCCUAAAGAUGAAGUUGAAAAAUUAUUCUCUUUUGAGGUGACAUCUCCAGAAGUAUCUGAUGUUGAAGAAAUGUUAAAUUCUGGAGGCUGUCAUUCUUACACCACUCCUAUGCCACACGAAAUUAUUAAAACAGAUGAUCCAAGGUGGACUAAUCUGCAAUCGUUAAUUCCUGCAAAACCAAAAAAUCUUCCAAUUUGG